CAGAAGUUUGUUUGACGGAACGCACCGAGAGCUCCUCCCUGUCUGACAAAGUGAAAGCUAAGUAACUGACGUUUUUGUGGAUUGUUUUUUUUUUAAAUCGUCUGGAUAAAGGUUUGGCUUUUUCUACGACUCAACAGUCGCGGACGUUCAUGUGGAAACGGAACCUUUGGAGCGUCAAAAACUUUAUGUUGAAUAAAUAGAAAAGUCAAACUAAAGUCACCUAAAGGUUUUUUCUCCGUGCAAUGCAGUCUGGACAUCCCAGCAGCCAGGGGGAGUCUACCCUGAAGUCCAAGGUGGAAGCAGGGAUGGUGCUCAUCAGCAGAAAGUCGUUGUACCAUUGAAGUUGACAAACCUCGCAUCUGGACCUAAAGUCAACGUAGUAGCUCAUCAAGAUCCCAAAAAGAACUGGAAGAGUCUGGUUUUAUGUAUUGGCCGCAGAACGACGCACACAUGCAAUAUCCUCAAAGGUUCCAUCAGCAUGUAACGGACUCUGGCCUCCAGCACCCGCACUCACCUCCGGACAGUUUUCACCAAGGAGUCUCUUUGACUCUUUGUAUCAGCUGUGACGGGAAACACCAAGAAAAGCCCCUGACAGAGUCUAGGGUCCUGAAAAAAAGAGGGCGGAGCCCCGCGGCAAAGCCCGGGUCACUUCUGUUUCAGCUCCUCUGUGGCACCGGGGGUUAUCACUGAGGCAGGUGGCGCUAAUCCAUUUCCUUUACACGAUCCUUGUCAAUCUUAGUUGAAGUUCGAAAUUCUACUAACAGAAUAGAAGAGCUUUGAAAACGAUGGCAUCCCAUCCGUCCUUAUAUGGGCGGCUCGGAUCAGAACUGUGCUCCAAUGACGGCAGCGAUCCCAGGACCGUUAUACACUGGUGUCACGGUCAUCGGAGAGUCCGUCAGAAAGACGGUGACCCUAACUCAGAACAUCAACAAAGACCUCCACCAACUGAUGAAGACAUUCAGCGACUGAUUACAGAGGAGCUGGAAGACUAUCAGAGGAGUCGAGCUGCCACAGCCAAACGUGGCUUAGAACAGAGCACACCUGUGCCGGGAGUCGAACCUUUCUACAGUCCAAGGGACAUCGAUGCACCUGCAUCGGCAAAAUACUCACCGAGUCCAACAGAGAAUUCAUCGCUCGAUCACAUUCAAAUCUGUAAUGUGAUAUCAAUGUCUGUAGACCACCCUGAUCUUUUGGGAGUCUGGUGUAAUGAACGCCCCAUGGAUAAAGCUCCUGCUCUGGCCCCUCUGAAAGACCCAAAAUAUGAGGACAUAUCUGAGGAUUCACGCAGUCCACAAUGUCCUCAGGAGCCAGACUACGAAUGUCUAAGUGAUGAUGACAAUCCCCAGAUGAUGGCGCUGUGUGAAAGUUAUGGUCAGGCACUAUCUCCGGGAUGUGACGAUGGCAGAGACUCCGUCAGUAGAGUUUCUGAUAACGAGGAGUCUGAUGACGACUCCUUUGUCGUACUUCUGAGCGUGUUAGACCUUCAGUUUGAACCAAGUGACGGAGACCAGAAUGUCCCGGCGAACACCGUGGCAGACGGUGACUGUGAAGCCGAGGACGGCGGCGGUGCCAGCAGCACCACACGUCUGGGUGUGGCGGCUGCAUCGGAGUCGAUCCAGCUGUUUGACACGGUUGUCGACUUCUUAGAAUCAAAAGCUGCCGUUGACAGAGUUCAAGAUCUGUCGGAGUGGAUGAGUCCAAGGAGAGAGAGAGAGUCCUGCAGCAGUGACACGGAGGACAGCUGUGACUAUGGGUCAGAUUUGAGAUACAACAACUUGACGGUGUCCCAACAUCUGUGCAAAAAGAAGACGGAUCCACCUCCACCUGAAAACGAAGCUGGACUUGUCCAAGGUGGAGGGAGGGGGGGGUCAGGCAAACCCAGCUGGACCCUCAGACUCAGAGAGCUAAUAGAAGAAAAAGCCAGCACGAAGCAUGACCAAUCCAAGAACAAAAAAGAGAAGACGUCAAAACCGCAAAAUAUAGUAAUCAUUUGUUCUGACACAGAGGGCGACAGCGAGCACAGCUACAGCGGAGGGGCCGAGUGGCCGAGAUCCAGGUCUUCACUACGGCCGCUGCCCGCACUUUCUGAUACACUCAGUCAAGAAGUAACUAGCAGCCGUGACGUCUUAGAAGAAAGUAUCAUCAUAAGUGAUUCGGACACGGUCACCGUGGACAGCAUGGACGAGAGUGAGCCAGUCUCUCCAAGAUCAGAGGGAAACGAUCACACACAAACGGCACACUCCUUAGAAACGUCGCUGUCGUCUCCCGAGCCUCACGAUUCAUUGGCUAAAACAAAGGUCACUUCUCCACGGUCCCCAGGAACAGAAAACAGAAGACUGCUGAGCAAACCUGAUGACGCCACCAGGCACGUCCACGUGAACACCAACGGGCAGAAACACUUCAAAGACUCUGAUCCAGCAGUUCAAAGGAAACCAGUGCCCCAGUCGGUGUCUUCAAGUCAAAAGCCUAAAACACCCGUACAGUUGUACGGAGAGUGCACAGACGCGGAGGAGUCCAGUUUAGUUGGUCCUACUUUGAUUCCCCCUCGGGGUCAGGACUCUUUACAGCCGUCCACGGUGAUCAGAGGAGAGAACGGGAUUACAACAACGGAGUCUGACCCCAAACGCUUUUCAAGAGAGAUUUCACCGGCACGUGUGAGCGACCAGUUCAGUGGCAGCAGGUCUCCGCCCCGAGGUCCGUCACCACCUAGAGAAACCAUCACUGAACCUAGUUCUUCUAAAACCCCAGAAAGCCAUUUGUUCUCAUCGAAACGGAGGAUUUCUCAUUUUUACCCCGCAUCGUCACGUCACACAAAGACAGAAGACAAAACGCACAACGCACCCAGAAAAGCGUCAGUCCGGGAGCCACUGAAACGAGACUGGGAAAAUAGUUACUACCCUACCAGAAGAGACAAAAGACAUUGGACCGCCACAAAGGACACGGCCGGGUCCAGGAAUAAAGGACCAAAGACAAACACGACACCAGCAACGUCUUCUCACGACGAGGACAGGACCAGACGCGACAAGGUGUCUCCAAACCAGGAGCGUCCACAUGACCAAGACCACACCCACCACAGGAGACGGAAGCGGAGGCCAAACUCCAAACAUUCAGACACCAUCCUGAUGAAGAGAUCCAAGAUGGAAGCGUUGGAGUGGAGGAAGGCGACCAAUCGCAGCAGUGCCAGGAAUACAAGAAACUACGUGGGUGAAGGUUACAAGUGGUCAGAGAAGACGCACGGGUCGAGGUCAAGAAAAGGUGACAGUUGUGUUUUCACUGACCAGUUCUACAGCACGGACACAGGAACAGGUACAGGAACAUCUUCUCUCUCUGCUUUUUCAUGACAGAGUUCAGAAGGAGAGACGACUCCCCUCACAGACUGUCGCAGUGAGGACAGUGACCCGGGUCACAGGGAGGAGGUGCGGGUCUGAAGACAGCGCUCCACACAACUGAAGAAUAAUGUGUAUUUUGGAUGUCAAUUAAACUGUUUCACGUGUUCGUAUUUGAAGACGACGACGACGUCUGUGACCCCCCCCAGUCUCCUUUAGUUGAUUCAGUUAAUAGUAGCAAGGACACAGUUCAGGGCAUUAAGAGCACAUGUUGAAACGUUGAUUUCUGGUUCUUCUUUUUUUUUUAUUGAACAAUUUUUGAUUCGUUUACAAAUGUUUUAAUCUAAAAUAAACGGACAUUCAAACUAAAUUUUCUGUUUUCAGAUAAGUAACUGUUAAUGAUCCUCCUCCAAAA